GACCGAACCAACAAAAUCCGAUCCAGAAAUUCCAGAUUUUUUCCCACUGUAACCGCUAACACCGACCGAGGGACCGGGUUACAAGCGCAGAUCCAGGGAUCGCGUUUUACGAGUUUACUUCCUCUUAGUACGGCGAAUGCUAAGAUGAGCGGUCCCUUCAAGCGUCGGUCGUCCUUAAAGGCCCUACCGGCCAUCGGCCCUAUUAGGAAAAGUUCCAUCAGAAGGGAAUCUUCCGUAGGGCUUCCUGGAAAAUCCGGGACAACCGCCGGUGGACAGGAGGUCCCCUGGGACGUUCUGGACCGGUGCAUUUUUCCCGUUAUCUGUUGUCACGCUGCCGCAUUUACUUUGAGUCAUAUCUUGAAUGUUUUCAAUGUGUCGCAGGUAUCGACGUUCUCGCUUUUCGUGCUGUUUGCUAUUGUGGUGCUCGGAUUAGUGUUCUUUUAUCAUAAUUUAAAGAUAACGGCGGCGGGUAAAGCGGUUUUGAUAACGGGAUGUGAUUCCCGUAUCGGGAGCGCCCUCGCACGUCACCUGGACGAGCAAGGAUUCACGGUAUUCGCAGGUUUCCAGAACGCAGAGGAGAGUCCGCUGGCCGAAGAAUUACGGGAAAUCUGCUCGGCCAGGUUGCGGGUUUUACAACUAGAUGUCACCAAUGAAACGCAAAUAUUGGCCGCCUCCUUGAGCGUCGUCGAGAAUCUACCAGAUGGCGCCCAUGGACUUUGGGCGGUCGUUAAUGCCGCCUCCUGGGUGGCUUUGGGUGAAGUUGAAUGGAUUCCACCCCAGGUAAUUAGAAAAGCAACAGAAAUCAACUUCUUAGGACCCACUAGAGUAACCCAAAUAAUGCUACCGUUAGUCAGAAGGGCCAGAGGUCGAAUCAUCUACGUUACGUCCGGACUAUGUAGGGUGGCUGAUCCAGUCAGAGGAAUCCAUUGCGCUCUAUUGGCUGCAGUCGAGGGUGAAGCCGAAUGUCUAAGGAAAGAACUAAGAUCUCGAGGUGUGGACGUUGUGGUGGUAGCUCCUGGAGAAAUGACCAGUGGAAACACUUGGGUAUCUGACGAGCUGAUUUUCUCUCAAGCCAAGGAGAUGUGGAAGCAAAUGUGUACCGAACAGAGGCUGGAGUAUGGCGAGAAGUAUUUUGAGACUGCCGUGAGGAGUUUGGAGAAGUAUUCGAAGAUUCCGGAAACCGAUCUUGCACCGGUGAUCAAAGCUCUCACCGACGCAGUCGCACGCACCUUCCCGAUGCCAAAAUACACCCCGAUAUCCAGACAAGAGAAAAUUAAAGCAUUUGUAGCCGAAUACUUUCCGAGAGCCGUAUAUGACCUAAUUUAUUCAUAAAUAGCAUUUCACGCAUAUUCCUUAUCAUUUUGCCUUGUUCCCUAAAUCAUUUAGAUCAACAUCACACGAUCAUCGACAAUGUUUUAUCGACGUUUUGACCUCCAGGAGGUCAUCUUCAACAUCCCAUUUAAGUUAUAAUUUCUUGAGUCUAUUUAUCGUCGAACGCUCACCCUGCUUAGCAUGAACCUUGUUUCAUUUUAGUAGUUUUAUUUGAAAUCUAUACUGUAUGCUGUAUAGACUGAUCAUGAUUUGAGUGAUUUGUUAAGACAUCACAUAUUAUAGUAUACAAACCUGUAUAAUAAUUAAGCCUAUAAGUUUAUGCUCAUAUAAUUAUUUUGCAUUUAGGAUCACAUUUUCAGGCUUUUAGUUUGUGUAAAUAUUAGAAGAAUAUUGUAUUUAAAAUGCUUUUUUUUAGUGUAAUGUCCGAAACUCCUUUAAGAGACUCUGAGUGGCAAAGUUUCCUCCUUAUAUCUCUUGAUAGAGUUUCUAAGAUACCGUUUAUCUUAUAUGGAUGCGGCACUUUAGAAACGGAUGGCGCUGAUGGGUUUAAAGUUUGGAAAUAAAGUUUUAAAAAGUU